CUUGAGUGGCAUAUAUGUAACCCGAGUUCGACUAUGUGUCAUCGCAAGUCGAUACCAAAAAUAUAUUUGCGUACUCACAACGUCUGAUCCGGUUUUGAAAAAGGUAUCGAUUCUCACCAGAACUGCUUUUUUAUGUUUUUAUGUCUGUUUUUGUGAUGGGAUUGACUUCAUUGUUGUGUACCUGCUCAGCGUCUUGAAGUUUAGCCGUGUUAGAGAACUUUCAGAAUUCUCAUUAUUAAGUGUCAACUACUAUCACUAUCUACUUUUACUAGUUGUACUACCCCUACUAGAAAAAAAUGGCGCAGGUCGGAGGAUCGUCGUCGUCAUCGUCGUCUUUGCGACCGUCUCUAAGUCGCUGUGAAACUGUGGACCUCUCGCGUUUACAACAGUUGCAGCGCGUUGCCUUUUUUGACUUGCUGGAUGAGUUCAGCGGACGCAAGAUUCUGGCAUUGGACGAAGCCCUCCUUGGACCGUUGGACCUGAUACUAGAUUAUGGACAGGGAAAGGUGAUAGUAUUUAAUAUGAUUGGUAUCAGGUCGUGCUAUUAAGUACGUACAUGUACAGCGACAACUCUAGUCCAGAAGAGCCUCAUUAACUUCAUACAUGUACUACAAUUCUACCAACAGGAGCCUCUGCUAACUGACUAGAUGAAUGUACAGCAACUAGUAAAAUUCCAAGUACGCUUCUUCGAUGUUGUAGUCGCGUUCACGUGUUUGUUUCGGACUUGACGGAGCAUGGCGCAGAGGUGCGCAAGAUCGGGGAGCCGAUUGUGAGCGACGUUUCCCAAAUGCUUUUUCUGGUUCGAGCGCUGAACUUUGAUUUGGCGGAGAAAAUUGCUCUCCAGAUCCAGCAGGAUGAGCGAAACAGGCGGAGCGCACACCAAGUAGAGCGCACCUACGUGCUUGCUUUUGCACCCAGAAUAUCUCACACAGGCUUGCAAAUCUUGCGCGAGAAAAAUGUCUACGGCUCGUUGCACUUCAUCCGGGAGAUGCCGCAACUGGCGCUAUUCGCCGUAGACGACGACUUGCUCUCCAUGGAAAUGCCAGAAGUCUUCCCAGACUACUAUUAAGAAAGCCACCUGAAGAGGUUCUUAGCUUGCAUCAGAUCUUGUAGAACGAAGCUGCAUGGCAGUCUUGACAAUGUGUCUAAAGGAUGUUCCAAACAACUCUCCUGUUGUAUUCGGUUAUAACAUUUUUUGGCUCUCCUUUUGUUGUAAUUGGAGGAUGAAGAAUGAAAAAGCAGGAGCGCAACCAUUGUUUAACAAUAGACGGACCUCAACAUCUCUCGAUAAUACAGUCCACGAGAGGUAGGCUUACGUGAUAUGACAAGAGGGUGGUUUUCAGCGGCCGCUUUUGGCAAUCUCGGGUCCUAGCUUCUAAUUACGUGUGGCGCAGGAUCCCAGCGCGCUGUAUGAAGUCGCUUUGGCCCUGCACAGCUGGGAGCAGACUUUUGCGUCCGCACAGAACUUUCGCCCCAAGAUAUUCUCGGUCGGUCGCGCUUCCAAGUAUGUCACCGAUGUUAUCUGUUCCGGUCGACUCGAUGGGGUUGGUGGUAGAAGCCAUUAUAGUAGCGCUGCUGCGGCACAUGCGGGCGGCGGUGCUGAGGGUGGGGCGCCUGUGGCGGGCGGG